UUGUGGACUACAGUUCCCAUGAGCCUUUGCAACACAGUCGGAAGUCCUUUUCUUUUCUUCCGGUGUUGGUGAAAUCCCUUUUGGAUUUACAUCGACGGUCACAAUGGCAGCCCUCCGACCCCUCACAAAGCCCAAAAUUGUCAAGAAGAGAACCAAGAAGUUCAUCCGCCAUCAAUCGGACAGAUAUGUGAAGAUUAGGAAAAACUGGCGUAAACCCAGAGGUAUCGACAACAGGGUCCGCAGGCGGUUCAAGGGGCAGAUGCUGAUGCCCAACAUCGGUUAUGGUAGCAACAAAAAGACAAAGUUCAUGCUGCCAACUGGCUUCAAGAAGUUCCUGGUGCACAACGUUAGGGAGCUGGAAGUUCUGAUGAUGAGCAACAAGACUCACUGUGCGGAGAUCGCCCACAACGUCUCCUCAAAGAACAGGAAGGUGAUCGUGGAGAGGGCAGCCCAGCUGGCCAUCAAGAUCACCAACCCCAAUGCCAGGCUCAGGAGCGAAGAGAAUGAAUAACAUGUCAGUCCAGAAUAAAUAUGUUAAAAUAGAA